AUGAAUCCAUUUGUGAGUAAUGGCAAUAAAUUGAGAUGGAGAUUCGAAAAUGUGAAAGAUUUGGAUGAAAAUGGAAAAUAUAGUGAGACAUUCGAAAUUGGACCAACUAAAUGGUUUGUUAUUUGGAUAACUUCGAAAUAACAAAUUUCAUUCGUUUUAGGAAAAUAUUUAUUCGAACAGAACUGGUGGGCACUGUUAAUUAUUUGGCAGUAUUCUCAUAUUAUGCCGGAGAUAAUGAAAACGAAAAACAAUGGAUUUGUCAUACUCAUCGAACAAUAAAAUUGAUAAAUCAAAAUGAAAAUGGAAUUGAUGUAUCUGACACUUUUUCGAUUUGUUAUUCAAAUUCCAGAAAGAUUUGGGAAUGGCCUUAUUUGGAUAAAUGGGAUAAUUCGAUGAAAGAUGGAUAUAUGAAAAAUGAUUCGAUUAUCAUUGACAUUGAUUUAAGCUUCAAAUAUUAUGAUUUUUCGAAGAAUAUUCCAAAUCUGACCGAUAUUAUUCUCAAAGUUGAAGAUAUUGAAUUUCACACAAGCAAGGCGGUUAGUUUUUGAAAUACUUUAAAAAAAAUAUAAAAAUAUUUGCAGAUUUUGUGCAUGCAAUCUGAAUACUUCUAUGAUUUAUUCAUCAACAAAAAUCAUAAAGAGACUGUCAUUGAAAUCAAAAAUGUUGAAUUGAGGGAUUUUCGAUUCUUUUUGGCAUCAUUUUAUCCAUUAUUCGAGAGUGUUGAAAACAAAAACUACGAAAAACUCAUCGAAUUGGCUGAAAAAUACAAAGUUCCAACUUUGCAUAAAAAUUGUGAGCAAUUUUUGUUGAAAUAUGUCAACAUUACAUUGGAAAAGAAAUUGGAAUAUGCUGACAAAUAUGAUUAUUAUGAUUUGUUGGUUAGUUUUUUGUUGAAAAAUAAACCAAUUAAUUUAAAAUUGAUUUCUCAGAAACACUGCGUCAAAUCUUUGGAUACUGCUCAAAAAAUCAAGAAUAUUCAAAAAUCAGUCGAAUUCCACAAAUUCAAAGAAUCCACAAAGCUUAUGAUUAUGACUAGAAUUUUGGAUUUUUAUUGA